AUGAUUUCUUUGCAGUACUUGUGUAGAGUGUUCUCGAUCGCCUCCCCUGACCUCUUCUCUCCCCUCCAUAAUCUCCAUGAAGCAAGACCUACUGCGAGGCCAGGCGUACGCAGAGCAUACAUAUCUCCCUUCCCAAUUAACCAUUUCCAGAUCACUGAACCAAGUAUAAUUUCUCCAUUUUCUGAACGGAUCUCGAGGUCCUUUUCGCAUGAAGAUUCAGGCAAUUGAUCGAAUUGAUGUAGAAGUGGCAGUGGGGCGAAAGGCGGCGGCGGCGGUGGUGAUGGUGGUGAUGGUGAUGAUAGUGGUGUAGACAUGAUGAAGUCUUGGAGAACAUAUGAGCUGAAUGAAACACCGAAAGAAAAGGAUGGUCAGGGUCUUUUAUAUAUGAGAAGCCGAUUAGAGAAGUCAAGCCAAACUUCCCGCACACUCGUCCUUCAUAUAGUUACAUUGAAAGGCGUCUGACAUGCCUUAAUGAUAUAAUGGCUACUGCAUACUUGCAUGAGUCAGAGUACAGGCUUCUCACUUCCAGAUCGCCGGACAGUACUCUGUUGUAUGAUUUGAUGCUUUCCGGCAGCCUUGCCUAGGAAAUGGGUCACUAGUGCCAAAUGAUAAAACUGAUAUGCAAGAGUGGCAGACAUACUCACUCAACAAAAUGCUGAAGUAUGCAUGCUGCAUAGGGGCGUUCAUAUGCAUGAGCACCGCUGGCUGUCACAUCAUUUCCAAUUUCGACAGCGCAGCUGAAGCAUACAACUCGGUCAUAUGACCAAGUCAAGAAACUUGGUAAAAAGGCUAGCUAGCUUUUAAGAGCGUAGAUUACACUUUAGACGCCCAAGAUACGCCCUCCAGUCAUUGCCGAAAGUUACAAUGUCAUCAAGUGGAGCUCUUCGUGUCAUUCAAGGGACUGAAAACGACAAAACCCAAUCUGACCGAUGGGAUCGUAUUAUUGAGCAAUCGAAAAGAAAUGCGAAUGGUCUAGAUGAAAUCACUGAACAGCUUGAAUCGGACCCCACAAUCUUGGAAAAAUUGAAGAAAAUGGGCCAAAGUAUUGAGAAUUUUGAAGAGAAGCUAUUCCAGCUUCGGACGGCUACAGACUCGACCUCUGCCUCCAAUUCCCAAGCGCGAAAUUAUCGUCGUCGCAAAACUAUCUCCACCUGUUCUCUCGAGGAGAACAAGAGGAUGAGACUC